UGCCAAGCGUCUAUUUGGCGAUUCAUCGGAAGAUGACACAGACACUACCAAUGGGGCUGUCGGACUAAUUCAAAUCCACCGGUGAACGUCGUAAAAACCAAAUCUUUGGCUGAGAACCAACGAGAGCUCUAAUCUGAUGAGGCAGCGAGGAGAAUCGCUGGCAACCGGGCUCACUCUCCGUGCGUAGAGCUCCCGCAAGCAGCAGCAGCCGCCCGCCGUCGUCGGAGACAAACCGCGGCGUUUGGCGGGGUUCCUUCGCCAUGGAGCUCGUGUCGUUGUUCGUGCCCUUCUUUGUGCUGAAGGUGGUCAUGAAACUCAAGUAUCCCGACUCCUUCAUGAUGACCCGUCUCUUCCACGCCAUCCUCCACCACCAUAACCACCCUUCCUAAUCUCCUAAUCAUUCGCCACUCCCUCCCCAAUCAUGACCCUGAUCUGAUCCCCCUUCUCCCUCUAUUUCUUCACCACCGGACGGACCCCCCGAUGCGCCCAAAUUUUGCUUUCCGGCUUCAGACUUUCUGUAUCUCACGGAAAUGCCGGGCUUGGCCUCGGUGAGUCCUUCGAUUAGCAAUGGAGCUGGAGACUGCUGCCCUGCUCCCGGCCCGUCUCCGUCGAACCUCAGCCGGGAAUCGGUCGCUUCGGGUCCGCAGACGGCCAUGGCCUUGCGUCUGUUGGCGGAGAUGUACUGCAUCUUGGGGCGUCCCGAGGAGGCAGUCCCGCUCCUCGAGCUGUCCACCCGGGAUGGGGCUGAUCCCGACUCCAUGGUGAAGUAUUCCGGGUACAUGCAGCUCGGGGACACCUACUCGAGGCUGGGGCAGGUGGAGAAGUCCAUCUCCUUCUAUGAGUCGGGCUUGAAGGUCCAGAUUGAGGCUCUGGGUAGCUCUCAUCCCCUGGUUGCAGACACCUGCAGGUACUUGGCUGAGGCCCAUCUGCAGGCAAUGCAAUUUGAUGAGGCCGAGGUCCUUUGUCAGAAGGCCCUGGAAAUAUACAGAGAGCACGGAGCCCCUGGUUCCCUUGAAGAAGCAGCUGAUCGCCGUCUUUUGGCUCUAAUAUGUGAAGCCAAGGGAGACUUUGAAUCUGCUCUAGAGCAACUUGUUCUUGCUCGUAGGACAAUGGCUACAAAAGCUCUAGAUAGUGACAUUGCUACUGUUGAUGUUAGCAUUGGGAACAUUUAUUCUUUGCUUGGUCGUUUUGAUCAGGCUGUUCUUUCCUAUCGCAAGGCACUUACAGCCCUAAAGUCCACAAGAGGGGAGAAUCAUCCUUCUGUCGCUUCAGUGUUUAUUCGCCUAGCUGAUGUUAGCUCCAAAACGCGCAAAAUUAGGGAAUCCAAAUUCUACUGUGAGAAUGCAUUGAGGGUUUAUGCGGAGUCUGCAGUUUCUGAAAUCAUGUCUGAGGAGAUCGCAAGGGGGUUGAUAGAAAUCUCAGCCAUAUAUGAAGCCUUGAGUGACACUGAGGAAGCAUUGAAGCUUCUCCAUAAGGCAAUGAAGUUGCUAGAGGGCAGUCCUGGGCAUUUCAACACUGUUGCCGGGAUAGAAGUGCAAAUGGGUGUGAUCUUUAACAUGAUUGGAAGGUACAGUGAUGCUCGGAGCUCCUUUGAGAGUGCUAUCCUGAAGCUUCGGGUUUGUGGGGAGAGUAAGUCGGCCUUCUUCGGUAUCGUGCUCAAUCAGACGGGAUUGGCUUGCUUGCAAAUGCACAGGAUAAAUGAGGCGGUAGAAUUCUUUGAAGAAGCAGCGGUAGUACUGGAGCAUGAGUGCGGCUCGUGUCACUUGGAGACGGUCGGAGUGUAUAGCAAUCUUGCUGCAACUUACGAUGCCUUGGGGAGGGUAGAGGAAGCAAUCGAGAUAUUGGAGUACAUUGUUGAGUUGAGGGAAGAGAAGCUUGGAACAGUAAAUCCCGACUUUGACGAAGAGAGGAGAAGACUUGCCCAGCUCUUGAAAGAAGCUGGACGAGCUAGGAGCAGCAAGGGAAAAUCGCUCGAAGAUCUUCUCGGUUCCAAUUCCCAAGCGAUGAAAGAGUGAACCAAUACACAGUCUUCACGUGGCGCUUGGAAUUGUUAAGCAGAAUGGAUACCCAAUCUACUUGCUUUUCCAACCGAAUGGCACUCCUCGCGAUCGUAGAACUUGUUGGUCGACUAAUAGAGGUUCCUGCAUCCAUAACUGUCAAGUGUCUGUUGCUCCAAUACAUCUUAUUUUAUGCAUAUACUGUAUCACGUAGCUAGUAAUAGCAUAAUAUAUGGAUACACACUAUAUUAUAUAAAUUCAUAUAUAUAUAUAUAUAUAUAGAGAGAGAGAGAGAGAGGUGAUCUUUUGUAAACUAGACAUGCCAUAUAGAUUUUUUUUUUUUUUGGUGAACAUGUAGAAAUUAAUUUUGUAUUGCUUCUCUUCU